AUCCGGAUGCAGGCCCAGGGCAGCUUGUUCCAGGGUGGCAUGAUCGGCAGCUUCAUCGACAUCUACCGCCAGGAGGGCACCCGCGGCCUCUGGAGGGGUGUUGUGCCAACAGCUCAGAGAGCAGCCAUCGUGGUGGGGGUGGAGCUGCCUGUCUACGACAUCACCAAGAAGCACUUAAUCCUGUCAGGCCUGAUGGGUGACACCAUCUUUGCCCACUUCGUCUCCAGCUUCACCUGUGGGCUGGCCGGGGCCAUUGCCUCCAACCCCGUGGACGUGGUGCGGACCCGCAUGAUGAACCAGCGGGCGAUCGUGGGCACCACGGAGCUCUACAAGGGCACCCUGGAUGGGCUGGUGAAGACGUGGAAGAGCGAGGGCUUCUUCGCGCUCUACAAGGGCUUCUGGCCCAACUGGCUGCGCCUCGGUCCCUGGAACAUCAUCGUAUCCUUCAGUGCUGUGGGGGCCACGGGGCGG